AACCUUCCCCUUUUGCCAAAAUUGUCGCUCGAGAUGGCUCCGCCGGCGGAAGCGAAUAAGAAGAAGCCCGAAGAGACCCCAAAAAGGGUCCACAAACCCGGCAAACCCAGAAACUAUGACUUAGGAAAUGGCGUGCUCAGGUUCUCCAGAACCAAAAUGUACCAUAAAAAGGCCUUGUAUAAAUUUGUGGGCAAGAAGACUAAGACCACGAAAAGGCCGCAGAAACCUCGCGUUAUUGAAAAACCAAUUGGCGGUGAGAAGAACGGAGGGAAGAGAUUCGUUUUAGUGAAAAAACGCAGGGCGUCUUACCCCACCCAAGACAGGAUCAAGCCCAGGCCGGCGAAGAAGACUUUCAAACAACACACGCGUACCCUGCGGGACUCGAUUACCCCCGGGACCGUACUUAUCCUUCUGGCCAGCUCCCACAAGGGAAAGAGGGUUGUUUUCCUCAAACAGCUCCACUCUGGCUUGCUUCUUGUAACCGGACCUUUCGGCAUCAACGCCUGCCCCUUGAGACGUGUCAGUCAGCGUUACGUCAUCGGCACGCAGACGAAAAUCGAUAUCAGUGACGUGAAGUUACCCGAUAAUAUCGAUGACAAAUACUUUGCCAGGAAAAGGGAGAAGCGUGCGAAAAAGGAAGAGGGAGAUAUUUUCCAGACCAAAAAAGAGGGGUACAAAGUCAGCGACCAGAGGAAGACCGACCAGAAACAGGUGGACCAACAGGUGUUGGCCGCCAUCCGGAAGCAUCCGGAUAGGAAGCUCCUCCUAGCCUACCUUUCGGCCAUGUGGGGUCUCCGUUCAUCGCAAUUCCCCCACAGGCUAAAAUUCUAGAUGCGUUAAGUUGGAAAAUUACCACGAUUUAUCGAUUUGACUUGUUGUACAUGUAUAGUUUCAAUAAAUUGUGGGUUUAUAUAUUUUU